ACAUGGCGGCGCCCUCGAGUGAAGUGCAGAUAGUUCCUGCCAAAAAGCCCACAGUCCGAGGACCACGACGUGUUGCCAAUCAAAUUCCAGAUGAAAUCCUGCAAGACCCUGAGUUGCAGGAGGCCAUCAAAGCCCUGCCUGCAAACUACAACUUUGAGAUCCACAAGACGGUUUGGCGAGUGAGACAAGCAAACUCUAAGAGGGUGGCUCUGCAGCUCCCAGAGGGCCUGCAGAUGUUUGCCUGUGUCAUCGCCGACAUCAUUGAGAGGUUCACGGAGGCAGAUACCAUUGUGAUGGGGGAUGUGACGUACGGGGCGUGCUGCGUGGACGACUUCACCGCCCGAGCACUGGGAGCUGAUUUCAUGGUGCACUACGGCCACAGUUGUCUCAUCCCCAUAGAUUCUACCGCAGGUAUCAAGAUGCUGUAUGUGUUUGUGGAUAUCCAGAUGGACAAUGCACACUUCCUGGACACGGUCAAGUUCAACUUCCCUCCUGGACAAUCUCUGGCACUCGUCAGCACUAUUCAGUUUGUGGCAGCGCUGCAGGCUGUGAGUGCAGCCCUCAAGACAGAUUAUGAUGUGCUGGUCCCGCAGUGUCGGCCUCUGUCACCAGGAGAAAUUUUGGGCUGUACCUCCCCUCGCUUGGACCGCCAUGUCGACGCCAUCAUUUAUCUGGGAGAUGGAAGAUUUCACCUGGAGUCCAUCAUGAUCGCAAACCCAGAUAUCCCUGCCUACAGAUAUGACCCCUACAGUAAGGUGUUCACCAGGGAGUACUACGACCACGAGGCCAUGCGGGCCUUAAGGCUCCAGGCUAUUGACAAGGCUCGAUCGGCCCAGAGAUGGGGCCUGAUCUUGGGCACACUGGGCCGGCAGGGCAGCCCCAAAGUCCUGGAGCACCUGGAGUCGAGGCUUCGGUCACUGGGCAAGCCCUUCACUCGAGUGCUCCUGUCUGAGAUUUUCCCCAGCAAGCUGGAUCUGAUGCCAGAUGUAGAUGCGUGGAUCCAGAUCGCUUGUCCACGCCUCUCUAUUGACUGGGGCACAGCCUUCUCCAAACCGCUGCUGUCCCCGUACGAGGCAGCUGUGGCUUUACAGGAGGUUGGCUGGAAGGAAGUCUACCCUAUGGACUUCUACUCCAAUCAGAGCCUGGGGCCAUGGGCACCCAACCACCCUGACAACCAAGCUGUGCGGCCCACUCGCAGACAGAAACAAGGCUUGGAGCCAGCCCUUCCCACCAAGCAGUGCGGGAAGAACCAGUGCGCCCCCUGUGGCUGUCAGGGGGAAUGACACAUCGUGACCAAGUGCUCUCUUUGAACGGUCUCAUGCCUGCCAGUGCCUCUCUGCUUCAGGUAACGACAGGAGGGCUGAAGAGAGGUACAAAGUGGGUUUUUUUGUCCAGACUGUCUAUCAGCAAGCAGAGCUAAAGUCAGAGGAGCCCUCAGCACCUCCUCGAAUGGAUUACCAGCCAUAAAUAAGCCCUCAUUGUACAGCACAGGAGAUCAGACCAAAUUCAUUGCUCCUGUUCGCGUUCUCUGCAUGUGUCCUGAGCUCCAAAUACACGCAGCUGAGAGAACAGCCCGUGUGUCUGAGCUCAUGCACGUUCUCGUGUCACAUUCACAUGAAGGAGCUGCUCUCUGCCUGGAGUUCUUCCCUCUCGGAGGAAAUGUGUGGGCCUUUCUGUGAUGAAGACGCGGCUUUCGUAAUUGUGAGAGAGAGAACGCUGUAGAUGACCUUGAGUACAUUGUAUGGAAUUAAAGUGUUAAUGUGGGUGGCUUCAGUCAAAUGCAACCCACUUGUCCCCGGAUAAAGCACCGUACGUUGUCAGACACUUCAAAUGAGUUUCCCUUCAUGCUCCGUUUCAAAGACAGUCACAGGCUUAUUGUAUGAAGCACUUUAUUUGAUGUACACUGUGCGACUUUUCACGAGAAUAUUCUGCUGAAAUAUUGCGAAUAAAAAUGUGAUGCAUUGUGACAUAACCUGCGUUCUCUGU